AUGGGCUGCCAACAGAGCCGCCCUCGGGUCCCUGCCGAGGAUCAGGAGGAUGUCAAGCGCAGCAACAACAACGCGGUGGAAUUGGCCAUGCCUGACAAGACCAGUGGCUCAAUCAUUGAUCCCGACCUGAGUGAUGAUCGCUUGCCCCCCGUGGCUCCUGAUACCGAAACACACCCGGCCGUUCGUGUCAAGGAAGCUGAGGACACCCCUGAAGCUAGCGAUGAGGCCACCAGCAAACCCAACAAAGAAGAGGAGGCUGCUACGGCGGAUCAAUCUCAGUUCCUUGACCCCAAACUUAAUAGCCGGGCCUUGCUGGGCGUCAGCGCCGCCUACCUCCGCGGCCUGGAAGCGGCCCUGCGCGAGGAGUUUGGUGACGAGUAUGAAAACCUGACGACCACCGAGGUCUGCGUGCGCUACGUCAUGCCCCGGACCAAAGCUCGAGCUUGUGCAAUGAUUGAUGUCCUCCUCGAGGACCCGGCCCUGGAAGCCGACGUAGCCCCUGCCACCGUCUUCGUCUCUCAUGCUUGGAAGUAUAAAUUUCACAUGACCCUUGGGACAAUUCUUCAUCACGAGACCAUGGAUGCCCCGGGUGCCUUUUAUUGGCUGGAUCUCAUCCCCAACAACCAGCACCAAGCAUGCAACUACCCUUAUGCCUGGUGGUCCAACACGUUCCAAACCAACAUUGCCACCAUUGGCCGCGUCCUCCUCAUCAUGAGCCCAUGGAAUGACCCCAUCCCUAUGACCCGGGCUUGGUGUCUCUUUGAGAUGAUGAAUGCACUCAACUGCCAGGUUCAGCUCGACAUUCGGCUGCCCACGGCCGAAAUUGAGGGCUUUCUCAACGCCCUCGGAGAAAAUGCCGACGAAGUUCUCAACAUGCUUGUGCGCGUUCAGGCACAAAAGGCUGAAGCUUUCCAACCCAACGACCGCGAUAUGAUUUUCAAGACGAUCGAAGACACGCUCGGCUUCACCAAGCUGAACGCUCGCAUCAAGGACCAACUGCGCGCUUGGUGCAUUGAUCAAGCUCGCGUGGCAGCUCGUGACGCCUUGGCUGCUGCCCCCCAGUCUGACAACACGGCUAAAAUCUGUUUUCGCGUCGGCAGCGUUCUCGGCGAGUUUGGCCAAAUCCCCGACGCCAUGGCUCAUUAUGACCGUGCCAUUGACAUUGUCACCUCAACCCUGGGUCCAAAACACCCCAACAUGAUCUCUCUAUUGGCCCACAAGGCGCUUACGCUCAAGCAACAGGGCCAAUACGACGCUGCCCUCCAAUUAUUCGCGCAGUCCCUGGACACUGCCCGGGCCGCGUUCGGCGAUCAACACCCCAGCAUUGCCUCCACCCACAACAACAUGGCCUUGGUUUACAAGGAACAGGGACGUCUGGACGAAGCACUGGCCGCCUAUACGCAGGCUCAUCAGCAGCUGAGCGCGCUGCUGGGAGCCCAGCACCCAGAAGUAGCCAAUGUCCUGAGCAACAUGGCCGUCAUUCACAAAGACCGAGGUCAAUUCGCCACCGCCAUUCAGCUCUACGAACAAGCCGCCAACAUUCUCCGCGCCACCGUGGGUGAGCAGCAUCCGGCCGUGGCUCACACCUAUAACAACCUGGCGGUAGCCCUCGAGGCCACGGCCGACUUUGCCCGCGCACUGGACUACCAUCGCCGAGCCCUUGAUAUUCGUAUCACGACGCUUGGUGAGCGCCACGAGGAUACGGCUGCCUCUUUUGGCAACAUGGCCGUUGUUCAUCAGCGGCUGGGUCACUUGGCCGAGGCGGAGCAAGCCAUGCACCAGGCUCUGGCCAUCCUGCUCGAGGUCGUCGGUGACAAGCACCCUGCCGUCGCCAGCACAUUGAACAACCUGGCCCUCGUCUACAAGGAUCAAGGCAAGCAAGAGGAGCAACUAGCUUGCUACCAAAAGGCAUUGGCCAUGCAGCUGGCAGCGCUCGGUGAACGCCAUCCUGCCGUGGCGCUAUCGCGCAACAACAUUGCUAACAUUCUCAACGAGCGAGGCGACCUUCAGGGUGCCCUCGAGGGCUACAACAAGGCCAUUGAAAUUUAUACCGCCACCAUCGGAGAGCUUCAUCCCGAGACCGGUGCCGCGUACGGCAACCUGGCCACCGUUUAUCAACGUCUGGGCCAGAUCGAGCCUGCAUUGGCCUGCGUCGACAAGGCCCUAGGCAUCCAGAUUGCCACCUUGGGUGAGCAGAAUCCACGCACCGGACUCGUGGCCAUGCAAAUGAGCGGCAUCUUGGAGGCCUGUGGUCUACCCGAGCGCGCCAUCAUCUGCAUUCAAAAGGCUCAGGCCAUCUUUCAGGCCACCCUGGGCCCGAAUCACGAAUACACCCGUACCGCUGCGGCUGCCUUGGCUGCCCAUGCUCCAAAUUCCUCCCCGGUCAUGCCCACAUCGUCCCCCAACGUUGCAUCAGAAGCCCAAGAUGAUAAUGAGUCUGAUGCUUGA